CCAGCAGCUACAGCAGCAGCAGCUACUCUCACUGCCGCCUGUGCGCCGUGCUCAGGCAGGACGGAGCCGUGCCUCCCCUCAUUUUCGGCGGAGGAUGCGUAGAGAAAGCGUAACAGUUUUCUAAGGAAGACAAGAGUCGAUUUUUGUUUUUCAGAUUUCUUUCAUUCUCGUCGAGGACUCGCCCUUGCCGGCGAAACGUUAACCACCGACUGACUGCGACGUGCUCAGGUUAACGUUAGCAUUGUCACGAACUUUCCAAAACACCGCGGUCUGCGAUUAAAAGUUUGCUGUGGUUUCGUAUUUCCUUUGAGCAGCUGUCACAAAGGGACUCGUCAUUAUAUCUCAGUGAACUCCUCCUGAGCAGACCUCCGUAAGUGAAGGCAGCACUGGGAUGAUUUUGAUGGAGUGAGACAUUGCUGUCAGCGGAGAUCAACAAGAGAGUUGGACACUGUACCAGCUGUAGAAGCAAAUUUCAGUCUUAUCACUUAAACUGCAUUGAACUGCAUAAUGGAUGGAGUGGACACCUUACAGAGCUCGGCUCCAGAGACCAAGGCUGAGCGAAUUGCUCGUUACAAAGCAGAAAGGAGAAGGGAGCUUGCCGAGCGCUAUGGCAACACAGAAGACUUCACCUCCAAAUAUGUCCGUAGGGACAGGAAAGUUGGCGACACAUCCAGAACCGUAUCUUCAGCAACCAAGGAAAAAGAAAAAUGUGAAGAUAAUGGAUCAGAACCAACAUAUAGCAGGAGGGGCCUCAGAAACAAAGUAGUAGAACCUGUGGAGCACACCGAGGAUGAGCCUGCCCAGGAAAAAGAGGCUGCCACUCACCUUGAAACAGACACAGUUUCAUCCUGUAAAUCAGAAGCUGUCUCCUCCAUAAAGAUGUCCUCUCAUUUCAGACUGCUGGAAACAGAUGACACCAAGGAACCAAAGGUUGAUGAGACGCCUGAGGACUCAUCCAAGAAGUCUGUUACUUCCAAAAUGUCUCUUUUUAAGGACCUGGAAGGUACAGAGGAUGGAAGCAGUGGUCGAUGUCGUGAUGACAGAGUAAAGCAUCAGCUAAUGAGCAGUGACGAGGAGGAAACUUCUACCAGGCUUCCCAAAUCUGAUGUAGUCAAGACUAUGGAAGACAAAGAGCCCCCAGGUGAAUCUGCUGCCACUGCAGAGGAAACACAGCCUUCCAGUCUCCUCUCUGACAACAAGAGCAGAGACGCCUCUCCCCCUCGCUCUCCUCCCUGCCAGCCUGCCUCGCUGCAGCGCCAAGACUCAGGGCCUCGCGGCAUCAAGGGAAUCCUAAAGAAAAGCCGCUCCACCAGUGUGGAGUCAGACCACAGCGAGGGCUCAACAACUGACUGCACGCCAGCCCGACAAAGCAGCGUCACCCUCAGCCACCCUGAGAGCGAGGAAGAGACAGAGGAGACAGACGAGGAGGAGCAGCAGCAGCAGGAGGAGGAGGAGGAGGAAAUAAAUGAAGAGGUCUCUGAGGAAAAUGACAGAGAGGAUGAGUCUUUAACUGAAGAUAUCACAGACGGAGGGAGCUUCAGCAUCGACAGACAACAGAGGGAGGGCAGCAGCAGUAGCAGUAGAGGGAGCUUUGAGGAGAUGCAAAGUCCUUCGCCUGAUGAGAGCCUGGAGAGGACCUCCACAGUGUCAGAAGAUGUCGAGGAGCUGGAGGGCAGUUUGGAUGGAAGUCUGGGCUCGUCACUCAAACAGAGACUGUCAGAGUUAAUGAGUGAAGGGGAUGAGAAGGAUAGACUGAGAAAGCCCAAGUCAUCCAAUAUAAUCCAGACAUCGCUGGCUGAUCGCUUCAGUCAACUCCAAGGUGCUGAAAAUGCCUGGAGGAAAAAAAAGUCCAGCGUAGAAGUGGAGCCCAAAAUGUCAGUGAUGGAGAGGAUGAAGAUCCUCAAGGAGAAGGAGGAGCAGUGGAAGACCAAAGGCAAAGGAGCAGCCAACGACUCCAUCCAGUUCACUGUGGCUGGACGCAUGGCCAAGAGAGGUCUUGUGUCAGAUACAGCAAAGGAGGAGUCACCUCUUAUCUCUCUCAAGAGGUCAAAUGCCACACCUGUGAAGCCGCAUGAAGGAAUUUCCAGUAGAACUGCUGUCAAGGUGGAAGGAGAUAAAAGGCUUGACAAGCUUGAGUCCUUCCUUGACAAGCUCCACAAUAAAGGCGUGAGCAAAAGCACGACAUCCACCAUCGAGGUGACUGCAGAGAUGGAGAAAGAAGUGAUGACGCUGGAUGAUGAGGAGACGUUCGGCAACUUCUACAAAUCAGUCUCAAUCUCGACACUCCAGGAGUCCAGUGUGGUCGUUACUGAGGAGGACCUCAGCAAGAUUCAGGCCGACACACCAAAGCUCACCUCAGCUGUAGCAGAACACAAGCGUGCAGUUCGACCAGCCCGAAGAAAUCAAGGCUCCAGGAACCCUCUGCGGGCUCUGGCUGCCCGCGACGACGUCCGGCAGGUCUACACUGAGCAGAGGCUUAACGUAGCCACAGUGGAGACUAAGAGGAUCCAAGUGGAGAGAAUGGCAAAACACUCCAACCUGGCCGAUGUGGCCUUGGCUGGCCUCGCCAGCAAGGAGAACUUCCGCAAGGUCAGCCUGCGCAGUGUGAAGUCCACCGAUGUUGUGACCAACAACAGCACGCUGCCUUUCAACAAGCUCAUGCUUAUUCGCAUCAAAGGUCGUAGGCAUGUCCAGGUGCGCUUGGUGGAGCCGACGGCCCAUUCUCUUAACAGUGGUGACUGCUUCCUUCUCAUAACACCAAAGCACUGCUUCAUGUGGAGUGGAGAGUUUGCCAAUGUCAUCGAGAAAGCUAAGGCAUCAGAGAUGGCAUCAUUUGUUCAGGCCAAAAGGGACCUCGGCUGCAAGGCCCCCCAGGUGACGGUGCUGGAGGAGGGCAUCAACACUGAGAGCAGAUGGGCCAAAGAGUUCUGGAGCCUGCUGGGAGGAAAAGCCAAAUACAGAGGGGCAGGGGAGCCAGAAGAAGAUGAACUGUAUGAGAGUGGGGUGCUGGACUCUAAUGGGGUGUACCGACUCCAGGGAGACAAACUGGUGCCUCAUGAAGAUGCCUGGGCCUCCAUCCCGAGUGUCUCCUUGCUUAACUCUAAGGAGGUCUUAGUGUUUGACUUUGGCAGUGAAGUGUACGUAUGGCAUGGGAAAGAUGUGCCCUUGAGUGACAGAAAGGUGGCCGUCAAACUGGGCAAACAGCUCUACAGUGGCAGCUACGACUACAGCAACUGCAGAGUCAACCCCUUAGAUGCCUCCUGCACAAAUAAGGAUGUGCCUCAACAGGGGGAGGGUCGUCCGAGCUGGGCUCUGUUUGGGCGGCUGUCCGAGCACAAUGAGACGUCGCUGUUCAGGGAGAAGUUCCUCGACUGGGCUGAGAGGAAGAAAGAGGAAGCAACACAAGCAGAGGAAAUCAAGAGUCCAGUCCACUCCACUGUCCGCCCCCCACUUGACUUGGACCUGCAGCCAUGUGAUGCUAGAUCCCUGCUGGACAAUGAGCCUGAGCCGGUGAAGACUGUCCUGGAGGGAGUCAAUGUCCAGCGGGGUCACGGCCUGGUGAGGACAGAGGAUGGUAGGCAGGCAGAGUUGGCUACAGUAGCUGUCGACACCUGGCACAUCAAAGAGCACAGUGAGGAGGAACUGCCUAAAGAAAGCCUGGGCCAACUACACGAGGGCGAUGCCUACAUCAUCCGGUGGAAGUACUCUGUCACCACACUUGUGGGGAAGCGGCAGAAACCCGGGGAGCUGAGUGCUGGAGCUCCUGGAAGAGAGCGGACUGCUUGCUUUUUCUGGCAGGGCCGGCACUCCAGCAUCAGCGAGAAAGGAACCUCAGCUCUAAUGACAGUGGAGUUGGGCAGCCACAGGGGGUCGCAAGUGUUGGUGAGUCAGGGGAAGGAGCCACCGUGCUUCCUCCAGCUUUUCCAGGGAGGUUUAAUCAUCCACAAGGGCAGCAGAGAAGAUGCUACCAAAAACAAAGGUGGCUGGAGGUUGUUCUGUGUCCGUGGUGAGGCAGAGGUGGAGGCCUCGCUGGUGGAGGUGGACUGCCAGCGUGCCAGUCUGCGGUCACGUGCCAGCCUGGUGCUUCUUAAUGCUCAGAAGGAAAAACUCUACUUGUGGCACGGCUGUAAAGCACAUGCCAGUGCCAGGCAGGUGGCCAAAAGAGCUGCGGACAAACUAACCCAGAGGUGUCUCUCAGAGUUAGGUCUCAGCAGCAGCAACAGUGUGAAAGUGGAGGAGGUGGAGGAAGGAGCUGAACCCUCAGAGUUCGAGAAGGCUCUGGGCGUACAGGACAGGAAGGCCUACGACUGCAUGCUGGAAGAUCCAGGGAAGUACAACUACACACCCCGGCUGUUCCGGCUGAGUGCCAGCUCUGGGGUAUUUGAAGGGGAGGAGCAGCUGUAUCCUGCCCGGGUACCAGAGGAAGUCAUGGCGAUGCCGUUCCUGCAGGAGAACCUCUACUCCACACAACAACCAGCCCUGUUCCUGCUGGAUAACCGUAUGGAAGUGUACCUGUGGCAGGGCUGGCAGCCUGAAGACACACAGAGUACCGGCUCCGCAAAGAUGCGCUGGGACAACGAGAGGAAAUGUGCCAUGGAGACUGUGCUGCAGUACUGCAAAGAGAAGAACCCUCGGCGCCCCCCUCUGGCUUAUCUGGUCCUUGCAGGCUGUGAACCCCUCACCUUCACCAACAUCUUCCCAUACUGGGAGAAGGAUACCAGUAUCACAUCAAAGGUUGAGAGCUCCAAGAACAAGGUGAUCUUGGUGAAGGAGGCGCUGUCUAAGCUCAGUAAGCAGCAGUACUCCAUCGAGGAGCUGACCAGCAAACCGCUGCCGGAGGGAGUGGACCCUCUGCGCCUGGAGGAUUACCUGUCUGACCAGGACUUCAAGACACUUCUCGAGAUGAGUCGAGUUGAGUUCAACGCUCUGCCAAACUGGAAACAAAAGAAUCUGAAGAAAAGUAAAGGUUUGUUUUAAAACUAGUCUUUUGUACACAAACUUUACUUUAGUUCUUUGUGUUCUCAGCAGCUUUUCUUAGUUUUUUUUUUUUUUUUUAUUCCAAGAAAAUAAAAAAAAGUCCUUAUUUUAUAAAGGAUCAAGAAAAGCAAAUGUACAAUUUUGUUCAAAUGUUGAUCUAUUUUUAAUAAUAAUACCAAUUUUAAUGUUUCUCAGUGUCAUUUAAGUAUUUUAGCCAACAAUUAUGUGCAAUUGUUAAUCUUUUUGAUGGAAAGAAUGAUUUCCUUGUAUGGCAAAAAUAGUUACCCUCACACUAUAAAUAUGUAAUAUACUACAAAUGAAUGUGUUUUCAUGUUUACUCCAGACACGUCGAUCUUUGGGUGGGAAUGUGUAUGAAAAUUGUCUGCGGUUUAAAACUGACGGAAUUAGUUAUUGAUUUUUUUUUUUUUUAUUGUAUUUUAACAUUUCAUGGAAAAAGUCAGCUCUGUGUAGUGGGAUUACAUUGUUGUUCAGCCAAAUCGUCUCCACUUUGUGGCUGACAAAGAAAAGAACAAAAGCAAAACAAAUCAAAGUUCAGAGAACAAUCCUUCUAAUUUGUGGUCAGUUGAAAGAAAAGUGUUGUUGUCAAAGCAAGACCAUAUUGUAGACAUCCCCUGCUAUAAUUGUAACAGCGAAAAUAUUCAGUUUUUUAAUCUUAUAUUUUGCUAUUAUAACCAAAAAUAUGACCUUUCUAAAUCCCAAAGAUUUCCAUAUUAAUUUGUUGUACGAGGCAUUACUUUUAUCAUGCGAUUGUGACCUUGUGAAAAGCAAACAUUGUUCAAAAUUGAAGCAUGAAACUUUAACUCUUACUUUCAACUUUGGUACUGAAUAUUUCCUGGUUCUCAUGAAUAGCUGCCUGUUUGCCAGUGAUAGCAGCCCUCUGAUAAACUGGUUGUUUGGGACCAAGUCUAAUCUUUUUCUCUUGUUAUAAAUGUUUUUUGUGAACCUAUGUGUGUGUGUGUGUGUGUCUGUUUGAGUGAGAGCAAGGCAGUGAGUGUGUGUAAAUGUGCAACCUUAAAAGUAUUAAGUGUAUGUAUGUAAGCGAGACAGGGAGAGAAACUGCGCAGUGUAAACUGCCUUUUAUAGCUAAAUGUGUGCUCCUUGUAAUGGUAUGUUUAUGUAUAAAACAUACUGUUAAUAUGACUGCCUGUGAUGUGUGACUUAGGAAAUUCUCUGCAUGAUCACAAACAUGUUUUUGCUUAACAAUCUUAUAUUAAUUUGUUGCAAUAUGCAUCGUUUUUUGUGAUACAUAAGAUCUGCAUUAUAUGUGGAGACAGCGAUCAGGCCAGCUUUUUAUUUCUUGGCACAUAAAAACGAACAUUGGUGGUAGGGAAAUGAGAUGCUAACGCUCAAUAUUCCCUUUUAAAUAAAAAGAUUUU